UCCAUUCAAGCCUUACCGUACACGGAUGAUACACACAGACGCACGCAACACUUACAAAGAUAACAGUCCAAGCCAGUUUGAUGUUAGCGGUGCUAGUCACUUGAGUCAGUUCGCCGAGGCACGGCGUUGCGGUACGAUCGCUCGCCAUUUUGUGUUACAAAAUUCCGUGCAUUUAAUUAAAAAUAAACCGUUUCCAUAGUUUCGUUAUUUGCACAACUGUACACGAAGCCUUAUGUGAAAACAAUGACUCAGUGAUCAAGAUCAUAAAACGAAAGAAAAAACGAAAUUAAAUAUAUAACAUUCGAAAUUCAAAACAAAGUAACCGAACAUUCCAUAAAACUAACGCUUAACCAAUAAAGUUGCCAUAUUAACAUAUAACAAGCUUUUGUAAUUAUAAUUAAAAAAAAAGAUAAUAAUUGUGAGUAAUCGCGGAUAAUUUGAGUGAAAAAAAAUCGUGUCAAGAGCGAUAAGUGUGUGUCAAGGGGUCUCAACUUUCCUUUUGUGGAGUUGACUGGAUGACAUCGACGGUAAAAUAGUGGUGAAUCGUUUAAAAGUGACCUCGGCGACCGCACGGGAUUGUGAAGCGAUUUUGGCGGAUCACUUCAUAAUUACUCGUGUACGCACCGCGGUAGAUUAUAAAGAACCUAAAAAUCAAAUAAACCUCUGACCCCUGAGUGUUAAAAAAGUGCUAUGAAGUGUUGAAAUGUCUACGCAAGCGUACUAUAAGGAGCGCCUCGGGUUCGACCCGCAGGAGGCAAUGCAGGAUGGCGUCAACGGUGGCUACUACGACGGCCCUCAUCAACCUAAGCGGCCCCGUGGUGACGUCAAGGAGUCCCACGACCAAGUUUACGAGGAAAAUUUGACGAAAUUCAAAGAUGAGCGGGACGCGAUACAGAAGAAGACGUUCACGAAAUGGGUCAACAAACACCUGAAAAAGGUGAACCGUCACGUGAACGAUCUGUUUGAAGACCUGCGCGAUGGCCUCAACCUCAUCUCACUGCUGGAGGUGUUAUCUGGCGAACACCUUCCGCGUGAGCGAGGUCGGAUGCGUUUCCACAUGCUGCAAAAUGUCCAAAUGGCGUUGGACUUCCUCAGAUACAAGAAGAUCAAGCUCGUGAACAUCAGAGCUGAGGACAUCGUGGACGGAAACCCGAAACUUACACUGGGACUUAUUUGGACGAUUAUCCUGCAUUUCCAGAUAUCAGAUAUCGUAGUCGGACAAGAACCGAACGUGACAGCAAGGGAGGCCCUGCUAAGUUGGGCGAGGAGAUCAACGGCCAAGUACCCGGGAGUUAGGGUGGCGGACUUCACGUCGUCGUGGCGAGACGGGUUGGCCUUCAACGCGCUCAUACAUAGGAACCGUCCUGAUCUGAUAGACUGGCGUAAUAUCAGAUCAAGACAAGUCCGUGAGCGUUUGGAGACUGCGUUCCACGUCGUCGAGAAAGAAUAUGGCGUCACCAGGUUACUGGAUCCUGAAGAUGUGGACACGCACGAACCCGACGAGAAGUCGCUCAUCACGUACAUCUCGUCGCUGUACGAGACGUUCCCCGAGCCGCCGGCGGUGCACCCGCUCUUCGACGCGGAGUCGCAGCGCCGCGCCGCCGCCUACACCGAGCAGGCGGCACAGCACCGCGCCUGGCUGCACGAGAAGUGCUCGCUGAUGCAGGACCGUGCUUUCCCGUCAACUUUGAUCGAAAUGAAAAAGUUGCUAAGCGAGAGCACGAGAUUCCGCAACGAAGAGGUGCCGCUGAGACAGCGCGAGAAGCAGAAACUGUUCCAUCUGUACCGGGAACUAGAGAAAUAUUUCGAGUCGGUGGGUGAGAUCGAAGUGGAACCGACAUUACGGCCAGAAGCACUUGAACAAGCUUGGGCAAGGCUAUUGAUGGCAGCGCAGGAGAGAGAGAGAGAUCUGUCCGACGAGAUACGACGCCUCGAACGGCUGCAGCGCUUAGCUGAAAAGUUGCACAGAGAUAUAAAACAAACGGAAGGCGGUCUAGACAACGUAGAAAGGCAUAUAGAAAGCGAAAUACGCCGUGUCGAACGAGGCGUACAUCCCGCUGAAGCUAAAAUGGCUGCAGAACAAAUAGAGCAAGAACUGCGCAGCAUGGAGCACACCAUACAGGAAAUGUUCCAAGACUCGCACGCACUCAGGGACGGACGGUAUCCUCAAGCCAAUGAUUUACACAGACGAGUCCAACAAGUCCACGAUAGAUGGUUGAACGCUCGGCAAGCGUUUACCGGACGCCUUGUGCCAAGAUUAUCAUCAGUACGAAUGCCAGUACAACAGACAACCGUUAGAAGGGAAACCAGAACUGUUCUGGAAACCAGAGUUCACGAUGCUGACCCUAAGUUCCAGCAACUACAUGAAGCGACUAAAUGGUGCAAGGAGAAAUUGAAAAAAAUAAACGAAGCCGAGUAUGGAUCAGACCUGCCUUCAGUACAACACGAGUCAGACAAGCACCAACGAGAACACAAACAAAUCGACCAGUUCCAUUCCAAGGUGGAACAAUGUGUUCAUAACCGAUCGAAUUUCAAUGGCGAGGAAUUGAAUCUAUACACCCAGCACUUGAAUCAACUGCAGAAGCUAUACGCUGAACUGCUGUCAACUAGCACUAAACGGAUGUCGGAGCUGGACGCGCUGCAGGAGUUCCUGCAGUCGGCGACGGCGGAGCUGAACUGGCUCAACGAGAAGGAGCAGGUGGAGCUGGCGCGCGACUGGGCCGACCCGCACAUCAACCUGCCCGCCGUGCAGCACUACUACGAGCAAUUGAUGUCAUCGCUCGAGAAGAGGGAACUACAGUUCAGCAACGUGAUCGACCGCGGUGAAGCGCUCAUAGCUCAACACCACCCCGCGACAAAAACUAUCGAAGCCCACUUACAGGUGAUGCAGUCGCAAUGGGCGUGGGUCCUGCAACUGACCCUUUGUCUUGAGACGCAUCUGAAGCACACGACGCACUAUUACAACUUCUUCGAACAAGUUAAGGAGGCGGAGAAGUGGAUACAGAAACGCGAGGAGGCGCUGAACACGACGUUCUCGCAGUCGGAAUUCACGCUGGACCAAGGAGAGCGGCUGCUGAAGGGCAUGCAGGAGCUCCGCGAGGAGCUGAACGAGCAGGGCGCGGCCGUGGCGCGGCUGGCGGACGACGCGGCGCGCGUGCGCCCCGUGCGCCUGCGCCGCGCGCCGCUCACGCGCCCGCUGCGCGCCGAGACUGUGUGCGCCUACAAGCACGCCAACGUGGCGGUGGAGCGCGGCUGCGCGGUGACGGUGCUGGACACGGCGGGGCGCGUGCGCUGGCGCGUGCGGCUGGGCGGCGCGGGCUCGGAGGCGCAGCUGCCGGGCGCCGUGCUGGCGCUGCCGCCGCCCGCGCAGGACGCGCUGGACGCCGCCGCCGCGCUGCGCGCCGCCUACGACAGGAUCAUACAACUAUGGCAGAGAAAACAACUGAGGAUGAGACAGAACAUGAUCUUCGCCACUAUCAAGGUGGUUAAAGGAUGGGACUUCCCCCAAUUCGUGGCGAUGGGCGCGGAGCAGCGGCAGGCGAUCCGGCGCGCUCUGAACGAAGACGCGGAGAAGCUGCUGGCCGAGGGCGACGCGGCCGACCCGCAGCUGCGGCGGCUGCGGCGCGAGAUCGACGACGUCAACCGCCUGUUCGACGACUUCGAGCGCCGCGCCCGCGCCGAGGAGGAUUCCAAGAAUGCAGCACGUAUAUUCACCGAACAGUCUUCGAACCUGCUGGAACGCCUGGAGGUGUUUGAAAGGCAGCUACAUGAAAGGAUCGCGAGCCAUAUUCCAAGGGACUUGGACUCCCUUGAACAUCUGGUUCUCCAGCAUAAGGACUGGGAAAGCAGCUUACACGCUCUAUCAUCUGAUGUUGAAGAAGUUCAGGCUACAUUUAGAGGCAUUGCCCUCAAGACACCUGCCAUGAAAAAGAACCUCGACAAGGUCAUGGGCAAGUGGAACGACAUGCAGUCAAAGAGCCAACUGUUCGUCGAAAGGUUAAAGUUCGUCGAAAUAGUAGUGAACAGUAUAGAAGAAAACAAUCAAACGAUAUCCGAAUUCGAAAUUAAACUAGCGCAGUUCAACGACUUGCCCAACGAUAUUGAACUACUCAAAGACAUUCACGAAGAUCUCCUUCGCAUGCAAGUAGCUGUCAGUAAGCAACAGAUACAGAUCGACCAGAUGAAUGACGACGCAGAAAAUUGCCGCCGUCUCGUGGAAAGUUCUAGAGCGUCGCUACCUCACUCCUCUUUACCGAGAUCUGGCAAACACAUCGACUUGGAACGCCUGGACAAAGAAGUCUCACAGUUGAACAAUCGCUGGAAUAAUGUGUGCGCACAAUUGGCUGAGAGACUACGCAGUUGCGAGGCGGCCUACCAACUUCUACGUACGUAUAGCGCGGGACUUGAAAAGGAGGCAGAGUGGGUGGACGGAGCACUUUCCCGCCUCCAAGCACAACCGCCCCUAGAGAUUCGCCCCAAGGAACAACUCGAACCCACGAGGAAUCUAUUCACGAGUGUCGUGGAGAGAACGCCGAAGAUUGAGAAAGUUAACGUAGACGGCGGAAGAUUCAUACGAGAGGCGAAGCAAGCAGUAGAAGAGAAGUACAGGCUUUGCGAUGAGACUCUCUCAAAGUUAUUGGAAUGGAUCGCGAUCGUUGAAGAGCGAUUGGCCAGUCAGGAAGCUGCCAAAGAAGAUGUGGAUGAACUUCGGAAUCAAAUCAACGUACUUAAGCUUAUCAAGGAUGAUCUCGAAAGUCACCAACGUCAAGUUUCCGCUUGCGCAGACCAAGCGAAGCAACUCCUCGUUUCUGGAGGAGACGUGCUCGCGCCUCAUGAGGUCGCAGCCCUGGAACGUGGAGUGAGACAGCUUAAACAACGCUGUGAUAAAUGUACAGAAAAAUGCGAUAAAAUGCUUCGUCGUCUUGUCGCAGCCAGAGACGAACUUGGCAAAUUUACUAACGAAUUGAACACUUUCAACUCUUGGAUGGAGAGCGCAUACCGUACACUCGAAGACAAGGAGGUAGCGUUGUCUAAAGUUGACAACCUUAGCGGUCAAAGCGAGGAUGUGCGUGAAUUUGUAUCAGAUGUGAUUGCCCAUCAGGCCGAUCUCAGAUUCAUUACAAUGUCCGCGCAGAAGUUCAUGGACGAGAGUAAGGAAUUCCUGUCAAUCCUCAACGAGUACCGUACGUCGCUCCCAGCGCGUCUAUCUCACGUAGCGGCGCCUGUGGACAGCUUAGUGAGGGAACACGCCGCCUUAGCCAGGAGGCGACACACUGACCUCGCCAACAGGGCUCAGAGGCUCCUCGACCGGCUUCGAACAGCUAGUGAUGGCUCUGCCAGAUAUAGGGAAGCGGUGCAAAGGGCGCAGAGGUGGAUGCAGACGGUGGAGCCGGGCGUGCAGGCGGCGCUGGCGGAGGCGGUGGGCGGCGAGCCGCGCGCGCUGGGCGCGCAGCUGGCGCGGGCGCGCGCGCUGCACGCCGACGUCGUGGCGCAGGCGCGCCUCGUCGACAACGCCAAGGACGCUUGCGACCAACUAGUACGUGCCCUAGAAGGCAAUUUGACCCCAGCGGACAUCCGCCAACUAGAAGUACCAGUAGUGGAGCUGGCAACGCGUUAUGACGAGCUAAACAAUGCCACAGCCUCAAGAUGUGCAGAAUUAGAGGCAGCUUUAUUGCAAUGCCAGGGCUUGCAAGACGCCGCUGAGGCUCAGGCUACCUGGCUCAGUGCCCUGGAGACCAGCUUUAAGAGUCAAACAAAACCAGCUUCCUUGAUCCGCGAACGUCUAGACGAGCAACUACGUGAACAGCGUGUAGCGCUCUCCGAGCUGGAGGCGCGAAGGCCUACCCUCAACAAGCUCCUAUCUUCGGCGAGGGACGCCGCACUCACACCGUCUAACGCCAGAAUUGCUAAGAAACUGGAACAACGUGCUGAAGAUAUCUAUUCUAGAUACGAGAAGCUUCUAGAGCGUUCUGUCAAGCGCAGUCAGUUCCUCGAGGAGGUCUCUGUGGAGCUGCAGCAAUUCACCCAACAGGCCGUUGCUCUGGACAAUGCGCACGCGCAACUUAUAGAAAUGGUGAACGCAAGGGACGAGAGGGCGACACUCGCGGACGUGGUUAACGCCAGAGAUAAACAAAUGCCCAUCCUAGAAGAAUGUCUGCGUAACGGCAAGCAACUCAUAUCUAAGAAAGACGUGACCGACACCCACGUAGUACGAGACAGGAUGAAGGCUUUGGAGAACCUUUGGCGUGAUUUCAAUGUGUCACUGGAAGAGAAACAGAAGCUAUCAAGACAGAAGGCCGACCAGCUUAACCAAUACGAAUCAUUAAAGAUGCAGGUGUUAGAAUGGCUACAAAAAACGGAGCACCGCGUGUCGCACUUACGACCCGUUGCCGUAGACUUGGACGUCUUGAAACAACAACAAGAUGAGUUGAGACCACUCGCCAAGGAGUACAGAGAUUUCGCUGUUAACAUUGAUAGGGUAAGUUUGACGCGUAUUUUUGAUUUAAUAAGGGUUUACUCAGAAGUGAUAUGCUGUAUAUACGAUUUAAUGCCUCUCAUUUGUGUUCUUGUUAUAUUUGUUACUGUGAACGAGGCGGGCGCGCUGUACGAGGCGCUGGCGCGCGGCGAGCGCGGCGACAGCCCGCGCAGGCGCUCCGUGUACAGCCCGGCGCGCCGGCAGCCGCCCGGUCGGCCGGAGGGUCGCUCUCCGUCUCCAGGAACGCGUCGCCGCAGUCAAGACACCUUCCAUCUCGACGAAUUGUCGCCGGUCCAGCAACAAAUAUCGGAGAUCAACAACAGAUACGAACUGUUGGGAACUAAACUAUCAGACAGACAAAAUGACAUCGAUUCAACUCGGGAGGAAGUCAGGAAACAUCUCGAUAGCAUUAGAGCACUCAACAACUUCCUCGACAAGGUUCAGAGACAAUUGCCUCGCGAAUCUGUGCCCAACACAAAGGAAGAAGCCGACAAGAUCAUUAAACAAGCGCGAGCAGUGCUUGAAGAAAUGUAUGAGAAACAGAGCAUUCUGGACUCUACUAAGACACAGGUGCGCGAGCUGCUCCGUCGCAAACAAGCAGUGGAGGGCGCGGACCGCCUCCACGAUGAGGCCGAAGAGGUGGCCGCGAGGUGGAAGGCUCUACACGACGCUUUCAAAGACAAGGUCCGCGCCAUGGAGCACAGCAAGGACUUCCUGGACACGCACGGCAGCCUGGCGCAGUGGCUGGGCGCCAAGGAGCGCAUGAUGGCGGCGCUCGGGCCCAUCUCCUGCGACUCGCGGGUCGUGGCCGCGCAGGUGCAGCAGGUGCAAGUGCUACGCGAGGAGUUCCGCAGCCAGCAACCUCAGCUAACUCAUCUAGAGGAAGUGGCGCACACGGUACUUCAGCGUCUGCCCGAAAAUGAUCCCGACGCGAAGAAGUUGAGCCAAAAACUGCAGAGCUUGCAAGAUAGAUGGAACGAUUUGCUCAACCAAUUGGAACAACGUGCAGAAAGUUUGGGCGCCGCUGCUGAUACGUCUCGCGAAUUGGACGCCGGCCUCACGCGACUGAAGAACGCGCUACACGCCAUUUCCGACAAAUUGGAUGACGUGUCUCCACAACGCGAACCUGCUGACCAACUGCGUGAAGUUGAGAACCUGGAGCGGCAGCUGGAGGGCCAGCGGCCGCUGCUGGCGGACCUGGAGGCGGCGGGCGCGGCGCUGGGCCACGUGCUGGCGGACGCGGGCGCGCGCCAGGACGUGGCGGCCAAGCUGGCGGCCGCGGCGCGCCAGUACGACGCGCUGCAGCGCAAGCUCGACCAGCGCAAGGCGGAGAUCGAGGCCGCGCUCAAAGAUGGCCGCAACUUGGAAGAAAGCGUUUCCCGCACUCUUGGUUGGUUGCAAUCUGAGCUGGCAGCUCUGCCAGGUCGCUUGCAAGUGUCUGCCGAUAAGAACAAGUUACAGCAACAACUCACCAAGCAUGAGCCGCUUUACCGCGACCUCACGCAGAGGGAGCAUGAGAUUAUCAUGUUACUCGAUAAAGGUCGUGAAAUGGAAAAGAAACCAGCAUUCCAAGGUAUGCGCAAGGAUCUUGACAGGAUCCAAACGCUAUGGGACAAACUCAAGAGAGAAGCUGUUGACAGAUACAACAGAUUGCAGACAGCUAUGGAACAUUGUCGCAAAUACGGCAAGGCACAAGAAUCUUUCCUACCCUGGCUAUCGGACGUCGAAGAUCGCUUGGCGAAGUUGCCGCCUCUCGCCUUUACUAAGAAGGACGUGGAGAAACAGCUGCGUGAGUUGCAGCAAAUUAGGAACGAUGUUUGGAAGAGAUCCGGCGAAUACGAGAACAAUAAAACGCUCGGCGAGACGUUUAUAUCGGCUUGCGACGUUGACCAGGAGAUAGUGAGGAAACAGUUGGACACCAUGAAGGAGAGAUGGGACAGCCUCAACAACGAGGUGCUGUCCGCGGCGGAGUACUUGGAGAGCACGGCCCGUCGGCUGGGCGAGUGGGCGGAGCGCGUGCGCGGCGUCGAGGCGCCGCUGGCGCGCUGCGAGGAGCGCCUGCGCGCCGCGCUGGCCUCGCCCGCGCCCGCCGCGCGCGACGCCGUGGCGCGCCUGGCCGAGCACGUGCACGCGCUGCGGGCGCCGCUGCAGCGCCUGCGCGCCGCGCUGGCCUCGCCCGCGCCCGCCGCGCGCGACGCCGUGGCGCGCCUGGCCGAGCACGUGCACGCGCUGCGGGCGCCGCUGCAGCGCCUGCGCGCCGCGCUGGCCUCGCCCGCGCCCGCCGCGCGCGACGCCGUGGCGCGCCUGGCCGAGCACGUGCACGCGCUGCGGGCGCCGCUGCAGCGCCUGCGCGCCGCGCUGGCCUCGCCCGCGCCCGCCGCGCGCGACGCCGUGGCGCGCCUGGCCGAGCACGUGCACGCGCUGCGGGCGCCGCUGCAGCGCCUGCGCGCCGCGCUGGCCUCGCCCGCGCCCGCCGCGCGCGACGCCGUGGCGCGCCUGGCCGAGCACGUGCACGCGCUGCGGGCGCCGCUGCAGCGCCUGCGCGCCGCGCUGGCCUCGCCCGCGCCCGCCGCGCGCGACGCCGUGGCGCGCCUGGCCGAGCACGUGCACGCGCUGCGGGCGCCGCUGCAGAGCGUGCACAUGGCCGCGGACGACAUCGUGUCGCUGUCGACGGAGGUGCGCGGGCCGGAGGAGGGCGCACGCGCGCGCUCGGCGCUGGAGGGCGCGGCGAGCGCGCUGGCCGAGCGCCUGCAGGAGCUGGAGCGCGGCGCGGAGGACGCGCGCGACCGCCUGGCCGGCGCCGCCGCGGCCUACUCGCACUUCCAGGAAAAAGUAAAAGCCGUUUCCCACGACGUAACCGACUUGGAGAGGGAACUUGACGGCAUGAAGCCUCCUGGUAGAGAUAUCAAGACGGUCAAGGCACAGCUGGAUGACCUCGGACGCUUUUACAAGAAGUUAGAGCGACUGGACGACUUAGUAGCAGAUUCGGAGAAAGCCGCUGAAACCUUGGCUGAUAAUGGUCAUGGAGACUCUGACAAAGCCAGAGAUCAGGUGGAAAAUGUCCGCAAACAAAUUGCAAAAUUGGACGAACGAGCGCGUUCUAAAGAACAAGACUUGGACGAUACUUUGAGUAAACUGGAAGCCUUCUAUAAGGCUUACGACUCCGUUAUGGAUGAUGUUAAUGAGGCUGCAGAACAAAUACGUAGCCUCAAACCAGUAUCGUCCGAAGUUGAACAUAUUCGUUCGCAACAAAAGGACUUCGCUGAUCUCAAGAAACAAACCCUCGUGCCCUUGGGCCAGAAUGUGUCUCAUUGCAACAAGAUUGGUCAAGGGCUCGUGAGGUCCGCCCUACAGGGAGUGUCGACUCAGCAGCUCGAGAAAGAUCUGGAGAAGAUGAACGACAGGUGGAACGCUUUGAAGGAUCAGAUGAACGAACGCGAACGUCGCCUUGACGUAGGGUUGCUCCAAUCAGGAAAGUUUGCUGAAGCGCUCGCAGGUCUCGAAAAGUGGCUAGCCGACACUGAAGAUAUGGUCAACAACCAGAAACCACCCUCAGCCGACUACAAAGUUGUCAAGGCCCAAUUGCAGGAACAAAAGUUCCUCAAGAAAAUGCUGAUGGACCGUCAGAACUCGAUGUCGUCGCUGUUCGCGAUGGGCAACGAGGUGGCGGGCGGCUGUGAAGCGGGCGAGCGCAAGGCCAUCGAGAAACAGCUGCGCGGCCUCAUGCAGCGGUUCGACGGCCUCACCGCCUCCGCGCAGCAGCGCAUGCUGGACCUGGAGCAGGCCAUGAAGGUGGCAAAACAAUUCCAAGAACAAUUGCAACCGCUGGUCGAGUGGCUCGGAGUUACAGAGCGCAAGGUGAAGGCCUUGGAACUUGUGCCUACUGAUGAAGAGAAGAUACAGCAGAAGAUCAGAGAACACAAGGUUCUGCACGAUGACAUCAUCGCUAAGCAACCGCCAUUCAAACAGCUGACGGAGACCGCUUCGCAGUUAAUGGGACUGGUGGGAGACGAUGAAGCUACGGCCCUCGCAGACAGGCUACAGGCCGCUACUGACAGAUAUCAAGCUCUAGUCGACCACAGUCUUAACAUCGGCGAGCUAUUGGACAACUCGCGCAAGGGACUUAGACACCUAGUCCUUACGUACCAAGACCUAUCAGCCUGGAUGGACGGCAUGGAGCAGUACCUGGCCAAGAGGAAGGUGCUGCCUGUUCAUAUGGAGAAGCUGUUGAGGCAGAUGGAUGAACUUGCUGAGAAGACGGAGGAGAUAGCGUCGAAGCAGGAGGCCGUGGACGGCACGGUGGAGUGCGGGCUGGAGCUGAUGCGGCACAUCUCGGGCGACGAGGCGCUGCAGCUGAAGGACAAGCUGGACGCGCUGGCGCGGCGCUACGGCGAGCUCACGGCGCGCGGCGCCGAGCUGCUGCGCCGCGCCUCCGACACGCUGCCGCUCGUGCAGCAGCUCUACGGCAGCCACGCCAAGUUGUCCGACUGGAUGUCAAGUGCAGAAACGUGCUUACAAUCAGUUGAGCCGCGAGAGGAAGACAUCUUGAGAUUGGAAGCUGAAUUACAAGAGUUUAGACCUGUUUUAGACAACAUCAACCUCGUUGGACCACAACUUUGCCAGAUUUCACCCGGUGAAGGUGCGACGCAUGUCGAAGGCGUGGUAACGCGCGACAACAGACGAUUUGACGCUAUCGCCGAACAAGUACAGCGUAAAGCCGAGCGUCUGUUACUCAAUAAGAAGCGCUCCCUGGAGGUGGUGGGCGACAUGGAGGAGCUGGUGGAGUGGCUGCGCGGCGCGGACGCGCGCCUGCGCGGCGCCGAGCCGCCGGCCGGGGACGCGGCCGAGCUGCGCGCGCAGCUGGCCGAGCUGCGCCCGCUGGCCGACGACGUGGCGGCGCAGCGCGCGCGCGCGCGAGACCUGCUCGCGCAGGCCAAGAAGGUGCUCCGCGAGUGCCAGUCGGGCGAGGAGGCGCGCGCGGUGCGCGUGCGCAGCGACGAGUUGCGCGAGAUGACGGAGGAGGUGGGCGCGCUGUGCGCCGCGCGCCUGGCCGCGCUGGAGCAGGCGCUGCCGCUGGCCGAGCACUUCGCCGACACGCACAGCGGCCUGAGCGCUUGGUUAGACGAAAUGGAGAAACAAGUCAGUGCGUUGGCGCUGCCCGCGCUGAGACCCGACCACAUCGCGCAACAGCAGGAUAAGAACGAGAUGUUACAACAGUCAAUCGCGGGCCACAAGCCAUUAGUGGACAAACUCAUAAAGACCGGAGAAGCGCUUUCCAAGCUGUGUGGAGAAGACGAUGCGGCUAAAGUGCAGGAUAUUGUAGAGAAUGAUUGCGAUCGAUACAACGCUCUAAAAUCUGAGCUCAGACAGAGACAGCAAGAGUUGGAACAGGCGCUGCAAGAGUCGUCAGUGUUCGCGGAACGUCUGGAGGGCAUGGUGCGGGCACUCGCGGGCGCCGCCGACCAAUUGCGACACGCCGAGCCCGUCUCCGCCCAUCCGCAUAAGAUACAAGAUCAAAUCGACGAAAACAACGCUCUCAUCGAAGACUUGGAUAAGAGACAAGAAGCAUACCGCGCGGUACAACGCGCCGCUAGUGACGUCAUGGCUAAAGCGAACAAGAGCGACCCGGCUGUGAGGGAUAUACGCAACAAACUGGAUAAACUUAACAAACUUUGGGCAGAAGUACAAAAGGCAUCAGGCGAUCGUGGUCAAUCAUUAGACAGCGCGUUAGAAAUGGCUCGUAAGUUCUGGGAGCAACUGGAUACUGUUAUGGCCGCCUUAGGAGAACUGGCAGACGCGCUGGCGGCGCAACCACCGCCGGCGGCCCAACCUCUAGCCAUACAGGCACAACAGGUUGCCUUACAGGAGAUAAGACAGGAGAUCGACCAUACUAAACCAGAGGUUGAAAAAGUCCGCAAGACCGGAUCCACCCUCAUGUCGAUAUGCGGCGAGCCCGACAAACCCGAAGUUAAAAAGCAUAUGGAAGACCUUGACAGCGCAUGGGACAAUAUUACCGCGCUAUAUGCCCGCAGGGAGGAAAACCUCAUCGACGCCAUGGAGAAAGCCAUGGAGUUCCAUGACACUUUACAGAAUCUACAAGAAUUCCUUGACACAGCUGAAGAAAGAUUCUCCCAAAUGGGUCCUUUGGGCUCCGACAUAGAUGCCGUUAAACGUCAAAUCUCCCAACUUGCGUCGUUCAAGCAAGAAGUCGAUCCUCAUAUGGUCAAAGUUGAGGCUCUUAACAGACAAGCGGCGGAGUUAACGGAGCGCACGUCGUCGGAGCAGGCGUCGGCCAUCAAGGCGCCGCUGGGCGAAGUCAACACCCGCUGGUCGGCGCUGCUGCGCGGCAUGGUGGAGCGCCAGCAGCAGCUGGAGCGCGCGCUGCUGCGCCUCGGCCAGCUGCAGCACGCGCUGCGCGACACGCUGGCCUGGAUCCAGCACACCAGCGACACGCUCGACACGCUCAAGCCGGUUGCGGGUGAUCCUCAAAUCUUGGAAGUAGAACUAGCCAAGCUAAAGGUGUUAGUGAACGACAUUGCGGCCCAUCAACCCAGCGUGGACUCGCUCAACGAGGCGGGCGCUCAGCUCGUACAGCAGGGUACGGGUUCAGACGAAGCUGGAGAAACUUCAGAGAAAUUGGCAACACUCAACAGAAAGUGGCGCGAACUACAACAGAAGGCAAGAGAUCGCCAGGCCGAACUAGAGGACGCCUUACGCGAAGCCCAAAGCUUCAACGCAGAGAUCGGCGAUCUGUUGUCGUGGUUGUCAGAAGUGGACAGUGUGAUCGCUGCCUCUAAACCCGUCGGCGGUCUGCCUGAGACUGCUACGGAACAACUCGAGAGGUUUAUGGAGGUAUACAACGAAAUAGAAGCCAAUAGACCAAAGGUCGAAGCAGUUCUGCAGCAAGGCCAGGAGUAUAUCAAGCGCCAAGACAAACCAAACCCAACUUCCCAGUUACAUCUCAACCUGACCAAUCUCAAGUCCAGAUGGGACAAUGUCACCUCCAGGGCGUCAGACAAGAAGAUAAAACUGGAGAUAGCUCUCAAAGAAGCUACCGAAUUCCACGACGCCCUGCAGGCCUUCGUAGAUUGGUUAACCAGCGCCGAGAAGAACUUGACGUCCGCUAAACCUGUCUCUAGAGUCAUGGAGACGUUACUGAGCCAAGUGGAGGAGCACAAGUCGUUCCAGAAGGAAGUGUCGUCGCACCGCGAGAGCAUGCUGCAGCUGGACAAGAAGGGCACGCACCUGAAGUACUUCAGCCAGAAGCAGGACGUGAUCCUCAUCAAGAACCUGCUGGUGUCCGUGCAGCACCGCUGGGAGCGCGUGGUGGGCCGCGCCGCCGAGCGCACGCGCGCGCUCGACCACGCGCUCAAGGAGGCGCGCGAGUUCCACGACAUGUGGACCAACUUGAUGACGUGGCUGAACGAAACCGAACAGCAAUUAGACCAGCUCAACUCUGAGACAACCGUUAACGAUCCAGAAAAGAUCAAACUCAGACUGAACAAACACCGCGAAUUCCAAAAGGCCCUAGCCGCCAAACAGCCAGUAUACGACCAGACCAGUAAGACCGGCAAGCAACUGAAGGAUAAGGCUCCCAAGACUGACGAACCUGUGCUCAGGAAUAUGCUGUCUGACCUGAAGACCAAGUGGACCACUGUUUGCUCCAAGGCUGUGGACAGACAACGUAGGCUAGAAGAGGCGUUGCUGUACUCCGGUCAGUUUACGGACGCAAUGACCGCACUGCUGGAGUGGCUGGAGAAACGUCGCAGCCAGCUGGCGGGAGACGCUCCCGUGCACGGCGACCUCGACACUGUCAUGGCGCUCAUUGAGCAGCACAAGCAAUUCGAGGAAGAUCUACACUCUCGCGAGCAACAGAUGCAGUCUGUCCUCAAGACCGGCAGAGAUCUUGAAGCUACUGUUCCUCUUGAAGACGCUAGCAACAUCAAAAAGCAGUGCAGUGAAUUGAAACAGGCUUGGGACACAGUACAAAGCCUCAGCGAAGCAAAGGCGAGCAAACUUGAAGGAGCUUUGAAGGAGGCGGAGCGUCUACACAAAUCAGUGAACAUGCUACUAGAGUGGCUCUCAGACGCCGAGACGCGGUUACGGUUCGCCGGACAACUGCCCGAAGCGGAAACUGAGGCGACGCUACAGUUGAAAGACCACGAGAGAUUCAUAUCCGAGCUGAAGGACAAGCAAAGGGAUAGGGACGACACCGUGGCCCUGGCUCACGCUAUCCUGGCCAAGGCGCAUCCUGAUGCAGUGACGGUCAUCAAGCACUGGAUCACCAUUAUACAGAGCCGCUGGGAUGAGGUAUGGCAAUGGGCAAUGCAACGCGGUAGCAAGCUAGAAACUCAUUUGCAGAGUUUGAAGGACCUGGACCUCGUACUCGAAGAACUGCUGCAGUGGCUCACCGGACUGGAGACCACGCUUAUUGCUCUAGAAGCCGAACCUCUACCAGAAUCGAUCGAACUUCUAGAAGGUCAAAUAGAAGAUCACAAGGACUUGAUGGAACACACGCAGAAGCGACAGAACGAAGUCGACAGAGUCUGCAAAGCUUACCAAGUCAAGAGUCAAAGUCAAGGCCGCGAAUCUACACCACGCAAAGUAUCAGCGAAAAUGGCAACUAAAGGAACGCCGAGGUAUGUUAGAGAUAAUUUUGAUGUGAACUCCUGUACUAUAUGUUACUUAAAAGGGAUUAACAUUAUCCAAAAAAUUCACGCUUUCCGUAUUUCGUUUCUCUUUCACCCGUCGCCGCCAUCUUGUGACGUCAUUGCAUGGUGUGAAUGUUGCCACAGUCGCGGCUCGCAACACGACCUUCAUAGGGAGAGAUCAGUAUCACCAGAUUAUUAUGGCAGUAGGCGUUACAGUCGCCUGAGCCCUGGACGCGAUUCCCCCGACCGCAACCUACCGCAUUACGGACCGAGGUUCCCGCCUAAAGGAAGCAAAGGGGCAGAGCCCGAGUUCAGAUCGCCUCGCGUCAAACAACUGUGGGACAAAUGGCGCACAGUGUGGCUGCUAGCAUGGGAAAGACAGAGACGGCUACACGACCGUCUCGCUCACUUGCGCGAACUUCAGCGAGUGUCGAACUUCAGCUGGGACGAUUGGAGAAAGAGGUUCCUGAAGUUCAUGAACCACAAGAAGUCUCGUCUCACGGACCUGUUCCGCAAGAUGGACAAGGACAACAACGGCCUUAUACAGCGAAACGAGUUUAUUGAUGGAAUUAUUAACACCAAAUUCGACACAUCUCGCCUUGAAAUGGGAGCCGUCGCCGAUCUGUUUGAUAGAAACGGCAACGGUCUGAUUGAUUGGGAAGAAUUCAUCGCUGCCCUCAGACCUGAUUGGGUGGAGAGACGCGGUCCACCAACAGAUGCGGAUAAGAUCCACGAUGAAGUAAAACGACUCGUGAUGCUUUGCACUUGCAGGCAAAAAUUCAGGGUGUUCCAGGUCGGAGAAGGAAAAUACAGGUUCGGCGACUCCCAGAAACUACGCCUCGUGCGAAUUCUUCGUUCUACAGUAAUGGUUCGAGUCGGAGGCGGAUGGGUCGCUCUGGAUGAAUUCCUUGUGAAGAACGAUCCUUGCCGAGCCAAGGGUCGCACCAACAUCGAACUACGAGAACAAUUCAUUCUGGCCGAUGGAGUGUCGCAGAGCAUGGCCGCAUUCAGACCGCGUACGCCCCGUUCUAAUACCAAUACGCCUCCAUCCACCGGACCCAUCACAAAGGUAAGAGAGCGAACGGCUCGCUCAGUGCCAAUGUCCGCUGGCGGGGUGGCGGGUCGAGCCUCGAGGUCAUCUCUAAGCGCUGGAACGCCUGACUCGCUUAGUGACAACGAAGCUGCUAGCGGUCUUGGUCAAAGAUAUAGAAAACCCAGUGUGCCAAGAUCGACAUUAACACCCGGAGGUUCACGGCCAGGUUCCAGACCAGGAUCAAGGACCGGGUCGAAGCCACCUUCAAGACAUGGAUCUAAUUUGUCUUUAGAUAGUACAGAUGAAGUCUUAACGCCAUCUCGCAUACCAAUGCGUAAGGUUACGAACACACGCACGUCCACGGCUCGAGCAGCGGCUAACGCUGCUAAGUUUGGUGUUACGACGCCCAACGGUGGGUCCCGACCUAGGACUCCAACUGGCUUGCUAACUCCAGCUAGUGGAAGGCAAAGAACACCGUCGGGCAGUACUACGCCAGUGCGCCCCGGCCAACAGACGGCGGCGGCGCGACUCGUUAGACGCCCGUCGGACACGGACGCCCCCGCGACGCCCCUCUCGCGCCGCACCCCCGCCCGCACCACGGACAAACGCGAACCCUUCCGACUAUAGACGAACUUUACCGACAUCAUUCCCGCCAAAACACCGCCAUUUUGAAAACGUCAAACUCAAAAUGGCGGUCUUUAGGCAUCUGUCAUUACGAGUGUAACUCUACGAGACGCUUCGACUCAUCGAUAUUAUCUUAUGCCGUUUUUGCAAGUGUAUUUUUUUUUAUUUUUAAGCUAGUGUUAAUAUAACGCGUCGAGAUCUGACGGAGCGCCUCGCAUCGUUACGCGUCCGACGAUAAAACAAUUAUAUAACUAACAAUAAAUUAACCUAUUCGCGAAAUGGGCCAAGCUUAUGAAAAAAAAUGCGAAUUUGGCUUUUAAUUAGUAACGACUAUAGAAGUAGUAAAACAUAAAGUCUGCACUUGUUGCCUUGUAUACUUAUUUUCUAUGAUCCAUGCCACUAUGAAUUGAAAUUUUUGUGCUAUCAAAUCAGUAUUUGAAAAAUCAAUGUUUCCUUUUUUUUUCAUGUGAAUAUUUCCUUCUUAUUUAUUGUCAAAGUUGCCAUAAUUGUUAGUGUUAUAUACGUAUAAGUCUCUACCGGAGACGAAAAGUGUGAUUUUGUAAAACGAUUUUGUAUUUUUCCUUUAGGGACCAUUUUGUUUACGGAAUACGAUUCGUAGGGGAUUGACGGUAACCACUUCCAUCGAUUUACUCGACCUUGUAGUAACGCCAAACUACUCGUUUCGAUAGAAUCGAUGCGAAGUCGCUACCGUUAAUCAUUUAAGGUGAUAAUAGAUUUACAUGGUUCAUUUGUAAUGCACAAUCAUUUAUUUUAUUUCAUUCGGUAUUUAUUCGAAUUUCAUAUAGGAAUAUAUAAUAAAAUAAUUAUUAGAAAACGUCAUAAUUUACAUUAUGUAUAUGGUUAUUUAUACACUGUUAUUGCACAAUAUAAAUAUUGUGAUUGUAUAGUUGUGCAAGGUCUGGUAAGUGUCUGUUUGCUCUACGGCUUACGCCAGAGUCAUUUAGUGAACGAUAUUUACUAGACAAUGCAUAUAAUAAGAAAAUUCCAUAGCUGACUCUUUAUUUUUAGAAAAUAAUUAAAGUACACUUUGUCAACACAAAAGACAUUUACUUAAUGAAGCUAUAUUAAGAAUACUUUUUUAUAUAUGAAAAUAAAAACGCUUUAAAAUGUAACCUUCUCUAAAAAUGUUAACCAUCACUCACAUUAACUUGUUAAUUUUAUUAUAAAUCUGACUCUAAGAA